UGGUCCCCCGCCAUCCGCGGGGCCGCAGCGCCUCCCGCUGUCCGCGCUGUCGGGGCGUCGGGGCGCGGCCCUGGCGGGCGGCGGGAGGCGUAUAAAGUGGGCGGCCCCCGCCGCGGACCCCUCCCUCUUGCCCGCUCGGAGCCCGCGUCGCGGCCGCCAGCACCCGGAGCUCCGCGAGACGUGUCCGGCGAGGGCGCCCCGCGCGCUCCGGGGUCAGGACACCAGAGUGAUGGGUGCUACCAAGAUGCUCCGGGGCGCCUGCUCCGCCCUCCUGUUCUGGGGGCUCCUGGGGACCCCCCGUGCCCAGCAGCAGGAGCUCAUCAGCCCCAGCACCUCUGACAGAAACCACUGCCCAGAGAAGGCCGACUGCCCCAUCAACGUGUACUUCGUGCUGGACACGUCGGAGAGCAUCACCAUGCAGUCCCCCACCGACAGCCUGCUCGACCACAUGCGGCAGUUCGUGAAGCAGUUCACCAGCCAGCUGCAGGACGAGGCCUACCUGGACCAAGUGGUCCUGAGCUGGCGCUACGGCGGCCUGCACUUCUCCGACCUGGUGGAGGUGUUCAGCCCGCCCGACAGCGACCGGGCCUCCUUCACCAGGAGCCUGCAGGGCAUCCAGUCCUUCCGCAGGGGCACCUUCACCGACUGCGCGCUGGCCAACAUGACCCAGGAGAUCCGGCAGCACAAGAGCAAGGGCGCGGUCAACUUCGCGGUGGUCAUCACCGACGGCCAUGUCACCGGCAGCCCGUGCAGGGGCAUCAAGCUGCAGGCCGAGAAGGCCCGCGAGGAGGGCAUCCGGCUCUUCGCCGUGGCCCCCAGGCAGAACCUGCUGAACGAGCAGGGCCUUCGGGACAUCGCCAGCAUGCCCUUGGAGCUCUACCGCAACAACUACGCCACGAUGCAGCCCGACUCGGAGAUCGACCAGGACACCAUCAACCGCAUCAUCAAGGUCAUGAAACAUGAAGCCUAUGGAGAGUGCUACAAGGUGAGCUGCCUGGAGAUCCCCGGGCCUCCCGGCCCCAAGGGCUACCGCGGACAGAAGGGUGCCAAGGGCAACAUGGGUGAGCCAGGAGAGCCUGGGCAGAAAGGACGACAGGGAGAUCCAGGCAUCGAAGGCCCCAUUGGAUUCCCGGGACCCAAGGGUGUUCCUGGUUUCAAAGGAGAGAAGGGUGAAUUUGGAGCUGACGGGCGGAAGGGGGCCCCUGGCCUGGCUGGCAAGAACGGGACGGAUGGACAGAAGGGCAAACUGGGGCGCAUUGGGCCUCCUGGCUGCAAGGGAGACCCCGGGAGUCGGGGCCCCGAUGGAUACGCAGGCGAUGCCGGCAGCCCUGGGGAGCAAGGGGACCAGGGCACCAAGGGAGAUGCUGGCCGCCCAGGACGCAGAGGACCCCCAGGAGACAACGGGGCCAAAGGCAGCAAGGGGUAUCAAGGCAAUAACGGGGCCCCCGGAAGUCCCGGUGUGAAAGGAGCCAAGGGCGGGCCUGGCCCCCGAGGACCCAAAGGCGAGCCUGGGCGCAGAGGGGACCCAGGAGCCAAGGGCAGCCCGGGCGGUGACGGCCCCAAGGGUGAGAAGGGAGACCCUGGCCCUGAGGGGCCCCGGGGUCUGGCUGGAGAGGUCGGCAACAAAGGAGCCAAGGGAGACCGAGGCUUGCCUGGACCCAGAGGCCCUCAGGGGGCUCUCGGAGAGCCCGGGAAGAAGGGAUCUCGGGGAGACCCCGGUGACGCUGGUCCCCGUGGAGAGUCAGGACAGCCUGGUCCCAAGGGAGACCCCGGCAGGCCUGGAUUCAGCUACCCAGGACCCCGAGGAACGCCCGGAGACAAAGGCGAGCCUGGUCCUCGAGGCCCUGAGGGGAGCAGAGGUGACUUUGGUGCCAAAGGAGAGCCUGGGAGGAAGGGCGAGAAGGGUGAGCCUGCGGAUCCCGGCCCCCCUGGUGAGCCCGGCCUGCGGGGGCCAAAAGGAGCCCCAGGACCCGAGGGAGAGCCCGGCCCCCCUGGAGAUCCCGGCCUCACGGAGUGCGACGUCAUGACCUACGUGAGGGAGACAUGCGGGUGCUGCGACUGCGAGAAGCGGUGUGGGGCCCUGGACGUGGUGUUCGUCAUCGACAGCUCCGAGAGCAUCGGCUACACCAACUUCACCCUGGAAAAGAACUUUGUCAUCAACGUGGUCAACAGGCUGGGGGCCAUUGCCAAGGACCCCAAGUCAGAGACCGGAACCCGCGUGGGCGUGGUGCAGUACAGCCACGAGGGCACCUUCGAAGCCAUCCAGCUGGAUGACGAACGCAUCGACUCCCUGUCCAGCUUCAAGGAGGCCGUCAAGAACCUGGAGUGGAUCGCCGGGGGCACCUGGACGCCCUCGGCCCUCAAGUUCGCCUACAACAAGCUCAUCAAGGAGAGCCGACGCCAGAAGACCCGCGUGUUCGCGGUGGUCAUCACGGACGGCCGCCACGACCCCCGGGACGACGACCUCAACCUGCGGGCGCUGUGCAACCAUGACGUCACGGUGACAGCCAUCGGCAUUGGUGACAUGUUCCAUGAGAGGCACGAGAGCGAGAACCUGUACUCCAUCGCCUGCGACAAGCCGCAACAGGUGCGAAACAUGACCCUCUUCUCUGACCUGGUGGCCGAGAAGUUCAUCGAUGACAUGGAAGAUGUCCUGUGCCCGGACCCUCAGAUCGUGUGCCCGGACCUUCCCUGCCAAACAGAUGGACCGCGGCCUGGCGGCGAGCCCCCGGUCACCUUCCUCCGCACGGAAGAGGGCCCGGAUGCCUCCUUCCCCAGGACCAUCCCCCUGAUCCAACAGUUGCUAAACGCCACGGAGUUCACGCAGGACCCGGCCGCCUACUCCAGGCUGGUGGCCGUGCUGGUCUACACCGCAGAGCGAGCCAAGUUCGCCACAGGCAACGAGCGGCAGGACUGGAUGGAACUGUUCAUUGACACGUUUAAGCUGGUGCACAGGGACAUUGUGGGGGACCCUGAGACCGCACUGGCCCUCUGCUGAAGCUGCAGGGGCUGCCCACAUGCAGGGCUGGCCAGAGCUGCCCGGCCCAGCUGCGUUAGCCCCCGGUGGCUGCCACCACAUGCUAAGGGGCUUAAAACAACAGGAAUCUAUUCUCGCUCAGCCUGGAGGCCAAAAAUCCAAGACCCUGCUGCGGCAGAGCCACGCUCCCUCCGGGGGCCCCAGGGAAGAUCCUUCCUGCCUCCUCCAGUUCCUGUCUGCCUCCAUUGUCACAGAGCCUGUCCCUUUUGUAGCCUGACUGCCCUGCCUCCCUCUUAUAAGGAGCUUGUGGUGGCGCUUAGGGCCCACUGGAGAAUCCAGAAUAGUUUCAAGGUCAUAAUUUAAUUCCAUCUGCGGUGGUUUUUUGGUUUUGUUUUUUGUUUUUUGUUUUUGUUUGGGGCCAUAUAAGGUCAUGUUCACAGGCUCCAGGAUUAGGAUGUGGACAUCUUUGGGGGAGCCAUUAUUUAGCCAAAAAUUGAGAGAAAGGAGCAGAGCCUCGUAAAUAAGCCCAGAACUCCUAGCUUCCCCUCCAGCUUCUGCUGUGGUCACCCCUUGUGCAUUUUUGUCAACCUCCCUGGUUGAUGCUUUGGGGAAAACUCCCCUCCUCCCACGUGUGUCUCUGCUGGGAGUGACUUGGGAGCGCGGGGGACCUAGACCACUUGCUAGACGUUUUCAGCAAGUCCUGGCUGUGUGGAUUUAAAGCAGAAGCUGCUUUUCAUCCGCACUGCCCUCAAAAUAAGCUAGGUCAUUAAUAGAAGCUCCUUUAAAAAGAAUCCUGCGAUCGUUGCUCCAUCUGCUGGUGGCCUGGCAUCCACACUGCGUGGUGACGCGCCCAGGGGAGCAUCCUUCAGAUGUUGUGAUCACAUCUUAAACAUUCUAUAAAAGCUGAAAAAGAAUGUGAACACGUUGCUGUGCAAGUGAUGUGCUGGGGCGACAUGCCGCUCGCUGGCUGGGGGCUGGACUGAAGCAGCCCCCUGUGCAGGCGGGUGCCCGGUGCCCACAGAGCCGCCCCAAACCUGGGUCCUGGGCUGAGGCCCUGGUCGUUGGUGCCAGGAGUUAGAACCUCCUUGAUGGGAUCCCCACGCUCCUGGCCCCAAGGGUCAGCACACCUGGACCCACGUCCCAGAGGGGGGCCCGUAGGGCUCAGGAGCUGAAUGCAAGCCGGACCGGCCACCCAGCCCCGACCGUGGCUCUGGUUGAAGUCUCCAGCAAGGCCGCAGCAGGGGGGCCUGGCCGCAUGUCUGUGGAGGGAGGGCCACGUGUAUGUGAGGAGUGGGUUUUCAGGCUGUGCUGUGGUGUCUGCAUCCCGUAGAGGCGUGGCCUCGCCCCCACACUGUCUGGCGUGUCCAGGGCUGGUGACCACCCAGACACCAGCAGGGCCCUCCUCAGGUAACAGAGUCACCCAGGCUGCUGCAGGGGUCUGGGUGCACCUGUGCCUACUGCCUACCAGACAGGUGUCCAGUCAGAGAGGACACCGGCUCCCCUUGCCUGUGCCCCCAAAACUGGGAGAGGUGUGGCCCAGCCAGCACUGGCAGCUUUGGGGCAACAGGGACUGGGGGUUACGGCCAGAGAUGCAUCCCUGCAACCUGGAGGUCUUCAGGGCUGGAAGUCUUUAUGAGAUCUUUUUACAUGAUUACAAAUUCGAAAACAGCCUCCCUGACCCUCUCUCCCACCCGUACUGUGGGCUGUGGCCAUUUCAGGGGUCCCCUUCCUGCCCAGGAAGGCCUGGAGAGGCGGUGCUUGGAGGGUAGAAAUAAGCCUCUCGGCCCUCACAUUGGGGGACAUUUCCUGGUGAGAGCAAAACCAGCAAAGAUGGUGACAGGUUCCGAGGACAUGGGGCAGGAGCCCCCAUCCUCGCCUGGGGCCACUAUGGUAGGGGUUCCCGAUGAUGGGUGACUUUGGACGCCACCCCACAACCCUGGUGGCUCUUAGGGCUCCAGUGGGGGGCGGUGUACAUAGAUGGGCACAGGGCACGGCCACGCGGGGCGCCAGGCUGCGCCAGGGCCUGCGGCGGCCGGGACAGGUAGCCGGGUCGCCCGCCCACCACCCCGUUUUGCCCCCAGAGCUGUACGUGGCCCAGUGCACGCAGCGGCCUGUGGACAUCGUCUUCCUGCUGGACGGCUCCGAGCGUCUGGGCGAGCAGAACUUCCACAAGGCGCGGCGCUUCGUGGAGGAGGUGUCCCGGCGGCUGACGCUGGCGCGCAGGGACGACGACCCGCUCAACGCGCGCGUGGCCCUGCUGCAAUUCGGGGGCCCGGGCGAGCAGCAGGUGGCCUUCCCGCUCACGUCCAACCUGACGGUCAUCCACGAGGCGCUGGAGGGCGCGCGCUACCUCAACUCCUUCUCGCACGUGGGCGCGGGCAUAGUGCACGCCAUCAACCACGUGGUGCGCGGUGCGCGCCCGGGCGCGCGCCGCCACGCCGAGCUGGCCUUCGUGUUCCUCACCGACGGCGUCACGGGCAACGACAGCCUGGAGGAGGCGGUGCACUCCAUGCGCAAGCAGAACGUGGUGCCCACCGUGGUGGCCGUGGGCGGCGACGUGGACGCGGACGUGCUGUCCAAGAUCAGCCUGGGCGACGCGGCCGCCGUCUUCCGCGAGAAGGACUACGACAGCCUGGCACAGCCCGGCUUCUUCGACAGGUUCAUCCGCUGGAUCUGCUAGCGGCCCCCAGCCCCCGCCCCUAUGUCCCCUGCCCUGCGCCCCCCGGCCCCGGCUUCCAGCCAGCAUCUCGAACUCCCAGCCCCCAAGGCCACACCCGCCUCUGCCCCGGCCCCAGCCCCGCCCUGCCCCGCCCUGCCCUGCCCCGCCCUGCCCUGCGCCCUCAGCCUGGCACCCCCAGCCCCCCCCCCCCCCCCCCCGCCCCGGUCCCGCAGGCGCCGUCCUCCCAUCCUUGGUGCUACUCAGACCCCACCCAGAGGCCCCGCAUGCUGGGGACUCGAUCUCUCCAGGUAUGGGUGUGAGGUCAGGAAAGGAGGACCCCCACCCACGCCCAGCUCCUCCAGAGGGUCCCACAGCCCUACACCCCUCCUGCCCACGCCCCGCUCUCCAUGCUCUCUCUGGACCCUAGAGGCUUCCCGGGGGCACCCUGGUGGCCAGUGCUCCAGAUCCUGCUCGGACAGGCCCCUCGCUGCCCACCCCCCACCCAGCCUCAGCCCUGGGCUCCUCAGCCCCUCCGGUAUGCUCCAGAGGAUCUCUGUGGGCCCCACCAACUCCACUGGGCUUGCUCCAAAGUGUCCGCCUGGCCUCUGGAGGUCACCUGUCCCAGACUGAGCUGUGACAGCAUCCCUGCACAUUCCUGUAUGCACUCACCCCCAUACAAUAAAGGCUUUGAACUGCC